AUCUAAGCCUGUAUUCGUAGUUUUUCUGGGGUUGGUAAGGCGAAAUGAGGUCACCCUAACCUAUUGAGUGCUUUACCUCGGGCCAUCGACUAAUACUUCAGGAAACAAAAAUAGGAAGAAGAAAUAGAAAUAUAAUAUGAGAAAAAAAAAAACACAAAGAAAAGAAAAACACAGCCCCUAGAGAGAAACAAGGAAAUUAUCCGAGAGAGACUGCAACUUCCCUCAAUUGCCAAUCUUCAUUCCAAAUUCCUCUUUCUCUCCUCAUUUUCCCUUUGAGAUUUUUUCUCUCGAGAAGAAAAUCUCCGAGAAAAAUGACAACAUAUGGGACAAUACCCACAAUUACAACAUCAUCGGACGACAUGGGGAUGAUGAGAUCAUCAGGCUGUCUCCUGCUAGGUACGCGCCGCCCCUGGAAGGAAAUGCUCUCUUUCUCUCUCCCUGAAAGCUCCGGCGAUGCCCUUUUACGUAUCAAAACCAAUUCAUCCUACUUCCACAUGAACUACGUGAUCAUUAUCCUUUUCGUGAUAUUCUUAAGCCUCUUGUGGCACCCAGUUUCACUCGUCGUAUUCCUCAUCACCGUAGCCGCAUGGCUCUUCCUUUAUUUCCUCCGCGAUAACCCUUUGGUAGUAUUCGGGUACAUUGUGGACGAACGUGUGGUUUUGACCUUCUUGUCUAUAUUUACAAUGGUCUUGUUGCUUUUAAUAUCAACUAUGAAUGUGGUAUCAGGGCUAGCUGUUGGGGUGGCGAUAGUGGUGGCUCAUGGAGCUCUUAGGAGGACCGAUGAUUUGAGAAUAUUUAUAGAUGAGGAGGAACAAGGUGGUGGUGGUCAAUGGCCUACCAACGUGCAUUUGAGAGAAACUGCUGCUUCUUCAUUUUCUUCAUAAUGUUAUCACAUGUGUAUAUGUAAUCAGCGUUGCUUUUAAUUGUCAAAUGGUUAAACCUGCAGCAUGUUGUGAAUCACUGAAACAGUAUGUAUGUACUACGAGUUCAGAUAAUUUGCACCGUGUUCAUGCUA